UUGUAACAGACGUGGGUCGGAGUUUCUAAAUCGUUUUCAUUGCUGUCUUGACAACAUGCCAGAGGGACCAGAGCUCCACCUGGCUAGCCUUUACGUAAACAGAGCGUGUGGGGGCGUAGUGUUCACUGGAGCCGUGCGGAAAUCUGAAGUCAGUAAGAACCCGGAUGUGCCCUUCUGCUGCGAGGCCUACAGCAUCACUGCCACCUCCAGAGGGAAGGAAGUGAAACUGACCCUGGCGCCCAUGGGUGCUGAGGGGAGAGAGCUGACCGCAGACGCACCCAAACCCAUGGACAUAGUGUUCCACUUUGGCAUGUCUGGGUUAUUCAAGAUGACCACAGAGGAUGACCUGCCCAAACACGCACACUUAAGCUUUUACACCAAAGAGAAGCCACGCAGAGUGCUGAGUUUUGUGGACACGCGGCGGUUUGGGAGCUGGCACCCGAACGGAACCUGGCAACCUGACAGGGGCCCAUGUACUAUGUUUGAGUACAAAAGCUUUAGGGAGUGUGUUCUCUCACGGCUGUCAGACCCGGCCUUUGACAAACCUGUCUGUGAAGUGCUGCUCAAUCAGAAAUAUUUCAACGGCAUCGGCAACUAUCUGAGAGCCGAGAUACUGUACAGGUUGAACAUCGCCCCGUUUGAGUGUGCCAGGACAGUACUCACAGGGCUGGAUAUAGAUGUAUGUGAGCCCUGGCAGCUGCUGGCCGACACGAAGCAGCAUGUCAAACAAGAGAUGCCAGAUCUGCUCCGGCUCUGUCACACAGUCCCUCUGGAAGUGGUGAAUCUCAGUGGAAAGGGCUACGAUCCAGAAAAGGCCAACUACUCAGAGUUUGAGGCGUGGCUGAAGUGUUACUAUGUGGAUGGCAUGAAGUCUCUUCGGGACAGCAAUGGAAGAACGAUAUGGUUUAGUGGAGAUCCAGGUCCUAUGGCGCCUAAAGGUGCUAAAUCACCAAAGGCGAGAAAAAGAGUAAAGAAAGAAGAUGACCAUGUGUCGACUGUGAAGAAGCCUGCACGAUGUCGUUCUGGAAACACAACUGAGAAAAAGGCGAUCAAAAUGGAAACGGAGGCCAAACAAACAGUAAAGAAAGAGAACGGAUCAGGAUCUGGGAGGAGGGCAGGAAAGGCCCGGGAAACCAGUGAACUUCCAAACAGAGAGAGCAAGUCUAGGUCCAACAAGAGCAAGACCCACCAACCCCAGCGGCAGAUUCACAGAGGGAGAACGCACAAAUGACAAGACAUAACAGCAGAUGAUUACAAGGGGA